CAGGAAGGGAAAUAGCAGCAGACUAAAAAGUCGCGCACAAGUUGAACUCUCUGUGGCUUGGUCUGUUCACUCUCUCUCCUCCCCAGCCCACCCUUUUCUCUCUCCUCAAAAAUCUUCGUCCCCUUCCGAACCCUAAACCUAAAUUAUCUGCUGCUUCUUCAGAUCUCUGUCACUCUUUCUCUACACUUACGCCCGUAUAGAAGAGAAGAUGGCAGGUGCAGCACUGGAUAUGACUCUUGACGAUCUAAUCAAGAGCAACAAAAAACCCGCCGCCCGGGGUAGAGGACGCGGCGCUGGUCCUGGCCCUGCACGCCGCCAGCCUAACCGCUCCGCCAAUCGCGCCGCUCCUUACGCCCCUCCCAAGGCGCCUGAAUCAGCUUGGGGUCAUGAUAUGUUCGCCGCCGGCGGUCGAGCUUCUAGUAUCGAGACUGGAACGAAGUUGUACAUAUCCAAUUUAGAUUAUGGGGUCUCUAAUGAGGAUAUUAAGGAACUGUUUGCGGAGGUUGGUGACCUGAAGAGGUAUCAUAUACACUAUGACAGGAGUGGCCGAUCAAAGGGUACUGCUGAAGUAGUCUUCUCACGGCGUCAAGAUGCACUAGCCGCCGUUAAGAGGUAUAAUAAUGUUCAGCUUGAUGGGAAACCAAUGAAAAUAGAGCUUGUUGGAACAAAUGUCUCAACCUCUGGUGCCGUUCUUCCGCCUGCUGCCCCUUUUGCUGAUCCAAGUGUAGCUCUAAGAAGUGGCGGACAAGGGAGAGGUGGUUUUGGGAGACCACGUGGUGGCGGACGAGGUCGUGGAUUUGGAAGAGGCCGUGGACGGGGAAGGGGCCGUGAGGAGAAGGUAUCUGCCGAGGAUCUAGAUGCUGAUUUAGAGAAGUAUCAUGCAGAUGCGAUGCAGACAAAUUAAUUGAGGCUAGCAUAUUUACUGGAUACGUGUUUGCUCCUGUAUGAGUUUGAUGCUCAAAAUUCGCUAUAGUCUGUACUUUGAACAAUAUAGGUACUUUCAGAGAGGACAGAGGGAGCUUUAGUGGGGGGAGUAGAACUCUGUUUCAGGGAACUUGCUUUACUUAUCAACUGUAUGUUUCAUGAUCGACAUAAGUGUGUGGUUGACAUUUAAGCAUCUUCUUUUUCCUGAAAA